AAAAUAAUGAACUUUAUCACAAUAUUCUAAUUUUAUGACCAGCACCUGUAUAUAAAUGACUCACCCUGUCAUCGGUCGCUGCAGAGAAACGGAGAUGAACGGAUGAACCGCUUAAAGCUGCCAUGUUUUCCGAACCGCUGCCAGGUUGUGGGGCUGAACGUCCAGCAGAUGAUUUCAUCCGAAACCUUUAACUUUACAGCACAGAAUCAGUCUGAGGUUUUACCAAACCAAACUAAAUCUUCUUAUCAAAGUAAAACUUUGAUCAGAUUUUAAAGCAUUUUAUUUUUGGAGAUCAGAAGUGAUGAUGUUCAGUAUUUUUUGGAUUAUACUUUAGUUUGGCCAUAACAGAAGAUGAUGCCUGCAACCUUCUCAAUCUGAGGCUUUUGCUGAAAUGUGGAUUCAGUUUUAUAUUUUCCAUAAAAUCAGAUUUUUGACUUCCAGCUGUGGAGUUUUCACUGAGCCCAUGUGUUGCAUAAAUGCAUAGAAAUAAAAUAUAUUGCUGAACAGAAUAGAAAUCGUUAAAGAUGAAUGUUUAUUGUGACUAAAUCUAAUUAAACAAUUAGAGCCCAGCAAAGUUUGAGUGGAGGUUUAUCUGUUUUGAUGACCAGCAACACGUUGAGAUACUUUUAAUAUUUUUAUUUACUUUAUUUAAUGCUAGCGUGAGAAAGGCUAAUGUUUUAUUAUCAAUGAAAUCUUUGUAUUAGUAAAUGUAAUAAAAUAGCCAUAUGUUUGCCAUUUUUGGUUGAAACCAUUUUUAUAUAUUAUUGCUGUUUUGAUGGAGCCAUGAGGGUCACGUCGGAAUUCCAGCCAAUCAGUCGCCGGGACCCACGUGGGGCCUCUGGCCCCGGCGCCACACCUGGACUGGGUUGGAAUCCCCGCAGCUGGUACCAUGGUGACAAGGGCGGCCUCUGAUUGGUCGGCUCGGUGGGACAUUGAUACUUUCUCACCGAGAGACUCGAUGGUGAUUUAAAACUAAACCCGAGCAGGCUGGAUGAUUCCCGCCAUGUCCGAACCGCGGCAGCCCAAAUGCUCCCGGUGCCGGCACCACGGCUUCAUCAUCCGGAAGAAGGGCCACAGCAGGUGCUGCCCGUUCUCCGGCUGUGAGUGCUGGAAGUGCGGCCUGAUCACCCGGCGGACCCAGGUCAAUGCGCUCCAGCGGAACCUGAGCAGAAGCCGAGAUCGGCCCCGGAACCCGAAGCCGCGGGCCGGAUGCAGGGCGGCGGGAGACCCCGCUGCUGCCGCCGGGACCCGGGACCCGGACGGUUUGGGUCCAGAUGUCCGGAACCAGCGGCCGGACCCGCGAGGAGAACCCGGUUCCGGACCGGACGGCAGAGAUGUUCCGACCUCUCUUCCUCCUCCUCCUCUUCCUCAGCUCCUCUCCCCCCUGUCCCGCUCCUCCUUGGCUCCGCCCCCUGACCUCCUGCUCCACCUGCCGUUCCUACCUGCGCUCCCCCCCGGCCUGUAUGAUGACCUCUGCAGGCCGCUGAUGAUCCCGCACUUCCUGUCAUACCCCGCCCCGCCAGCAGAGGACUGCAGGCUGGUCUUCCUCCCGCUCCACCCUGCUCCUGAAGCGCCCCCUGCAGGCUGCGGGUCCAACAGCAGAGCCUGAAGGAUCAGCGGCUUCUGUCCAUCACUUCCUGUUCCAGUUCCAGUUCAAAGCUUCUUGUUGUCGCUGUUUGGUUCAGAGGGGGUUUAACUGAAAGUUUGUUACCUGAAAUAAAGUGCAGAGCUGUGGCUCCAUGAACCCUGCUGCAGCUCAUGACCACAAUCCGCUCCGUUUGGUUUCUGGCUCUCAGAACCGAAUCUGGGCCAGAGCUGGUGUUAUUCCUGCUGGCAUUCAUGUUACUGCAUAGAGUGACCCAGAACCACGUUCUGGUUCUGGAUGGUUCUGAUCAGUGGUUCAGAACCUCAUUUAGAUCCUGUGAGGAGGAAACAGGAAUCUGUAGUUUUUUCGUUUUAAUGAUUUGAUGGGUAGGGUUAAGGUUAGGUGUUUCAUAGGUCCGUCCAGCAGGGGGUGCAGUAGCACCGUGUUUCAUUCAGUCUGCACUUCCCAACUGGACCCAGAGGUCCUGCAGAACCUCUGGUUCUGGCCCAGUCCAUCAGAGAACAUCUAGCAUCUAUUUCUGUGUUUUUACGUAAUAAACAUUAAAAUGUAAACCUGA